UUAUGUUGUUUCCGAAAGUUUGUUGCGCCUUUUUAUUGAAGUUUUAUGUUUAGUUUCAGAUUUCUCCGAAUCGGAUUGCCUCAUUGCAAAAUGAUCAUCGACUAUAAGUUGAACUUCGGUUCGAACUCGUUGUUACAUCCUAAUCUGCCUGCAGACGAUUAUUGCCUCGAUAAUACCGAAGACAAUCGCGAAGUCAUCCGUGUUUGUACCGACGAUUUUCGGUUAUGCGAAUCGACCAAAUGUAUCCACAAAUGCUGUCCGGAUGGUCAAAGUUUCGUAAAUGGCUCAGUUUGCAAACCCACUUAUGUUUAUGGAGUGAAUUUGAGUUUCUCGGAAAAUAUCGACCAGAAUGAUGAUUUCGUAAUAGUACACGGCUACACUGGCAAGAUUUAUUUGCAGCCGCUCUCCUGGGACUUUAAUUUGGAUUCAAUGGGAGUCUUUCGGCUUUUCGACGAAAAAAUCGGCAACGAAAUUUAUGAAGCUACAGAAGAAACAUAUUGUAUAGAGCACGCAACGAAAAAUGGUAUCGAAUAUGGUCAUCGAUUGUUCAGAAUGUACCCAAAAACCCAAAUCGAAGAAAAAUAUUUCAUCAACGGCUACGUAAUGAUAGUGUCAACCGUUUUCCUAAUAUUAACCAUCAUGUUUUAUAUUUGCUUCGGAGAAACCAAAAAGCUAUUCGGCAAAACUCUGGUUAGUUUUAGCGUUUGCCUAGCGCUUAAUUUUCUCGUACUCAUCUACAGCACUUUUAAUUUGGACGAUAUUAAGGAAAAACUUGAGGUGUGUUACACAUUAGGAUUCCUACUGUUGUACGGCGAAUUCGGCACGUUCCUGUGGCUUAAAUUAUUAUGUUUUGACAUUUAUUAUACGUUCGGAUCCGGAAAAGUGCAAAACAAGCCAUCAAAUAGUCACUUGAAACGAUUUUGGUUUUAUUCCCUUUAUGGUUGGGGACUUGCUUUGGUGUUAACCAUUAUUCCUUUGAUAUUAUUUUUUACCGAUAUUUUACCUGAACCAAUACAAAUUAUGAUGGGAUUUACACGGUGCGCAAUAGAAAGAGAAAAUGGAAAUUACGCAGAUCUCCUAUUCAGGACCGUGCCAGUAACGAUUCUUCAAAUCAUCAAUUUGGUUUUGUUUUACAGAACAGUAAAAUGCUGUAUUGAUGUCAAAAACGAAAUUCGAAAAAUGACCGAUAAUAAUCAACAUGGUAGAAAUAAUAAAUUUUUGGUAAACAAAGAACGAUUCAUGCUAGUCACAAAACUUUCAGUCAUUAUGGGUUUGUCCUACAUAUUUGAAGUAGUUUCUUCAUUUUACGAAUUCAACCAGACAAGACCUACCAAAUACUUAGAAAUCGUUUGGGAUAUUAUCAAUUGUCUUCAAGGUGUAUUUAUUUUUCUGAUAUUUAUUUGCAAAAAGAAAAUGUUCGAUAAACUCAAAUCCAAUGCGGGAGUGAAGAGGCUUAGGAAAAUAUCGCUAUCCUCAGCUGCCACACUUACUACACACUUGUCUUUUGAUAAAGAUAAGAAAAUUCAGAUUCAAAAUGAUUUUAAUAAAUAAGGGACAUUUUUUGUUGUGUUAAAAAUUUAAUUUCCUUAUGUCACUUAAUACAGGGUGUUUCCUGAAAGAGUUGAAAAAAUAAAUGAAAUCGUAUGACUAAUGAGCUCAUUUUCCGACUUUUAGUUUAGAAUUACAGUUCUUGCCUUAAACUGGCCUAACACGAUAAAAUUUUAAUUUUUUUUACAUCGAGGUUUUGUGUUUCAAUGAGCAUUUGAG